GUUUCCGAAUUGAUCCGCAGCCACGAAUUUACUUCACAUUUCUAAUGUUCCUGUAAAUAUAGCAGACGAGAGCAUCUUUAAAACCUCUACAGCUUUAAAGGGACAAGUGUCACGCUCCGGAGUAAAGCACAGGGACGCCGUUAUGAGUGCCAAAGUCAACAUGGAGGCUCCGCCACCCAAAGAACCCGAUUGCACCCCUUUGGCCCCGUCCUCUUCGUCCCCCAGCGAGACCGUCCUCAUCUGCGGCAGCGACGGUGUGGCCAAGAAGGCUCGACCCCAGACCCACACCACCACCGCUCUGCUCCUACCAGCUCCUGUUCCCGGCCAUCAGAAGGUGGAGGUGACUCCAGCUGUUACCGUGGGAGACCCGGGUAAAGGAGGCAGGGUCACUGAGACAGCCAAGCCCACCCUGACAGCACAGGUGGGCGGGGCUUGUAGCAUCGUCCACGUCCUUGAAUGGAAGGAAGGGAUGGCCAUCCUGCCCAGCAGCAACCUCAAGUUCUGUGUGAGUGACGUAGGAGCGCUGAGCACACUGAUCACCCCAGGGACCACUAGCAGCACCACUGAACCAGCAGCAGGGACUUCUGGGAGAUCCAAUGACGCAGAAAGCGCUCCUCCAGACAAGCCAGAUGUGUCAGCUCCUGUCGGCUCUGUGAGAGGUGCAGCUGUGCAGCCAGAGAGGCCGGUUCAGGCCAAACCUGAAGUCCAGGUUGGUCCGGGCCAACAGAACCACGAUCCCAGAGCUCAGAGGACCUACACAGAAGAGCUACGCAGAGAGCCAAUCACUGACAAGAGGAGUGUCGGGGUGGAGAAGGUGCCAGCUGGCGGGAGGGUCUCCUCCCUUAACCCCGAUCACCUGAAACCCAUGAGGAAGAGGAAGAGGAAGGAGUACCUGAGUCCCUCUGAGGAAGACUCCGACAUGGAGGGCACAGAUGAGAAAAUGGAUGAUUCUAAAGCAGACGGCAGACACAUCAGAGGAGGUGGAGACAGUAAGACAGAGCAGUGGACGUGGGCCCAGUAUCUGGAGGAAACCAAAGCUGUCGCUGCUCCCAACAAGCUUUUCCAAGAGACCCAGAGAGUGCCGACAGUGAAGAACGGUUUUAAACAGGGGAUGAAGCUGGAGGGCAUCGACCCGCAGCAUCCGUCCAUGUACUUCGUCCUCACUGUGGCCGAGGUCUGCGGUUACCGGCUGCGGCUCCAUUUUGACGGCUACUCUGACUGCCACGACUUCUGGGUGAAUGCCAACUCACCAGACAUCCACCCUGCGGGCUGGUGUGAGAGCACAGGACACAAACUGCACACUCCCAAAGGUUGUAAAGAGGAAGAGUUUACCUGGACCAACUACCUGAGAAUGACUAAAGCACAAGUGGCUCCCAAAGAACUCUUUGCCAGUCCUGGGAGGAUCGAUGUGAAGAGCAGUUUCGAGAUAGGAAUGAAGCUCGAGGCCGUCGACCGCAUGAACCCCUCCCUCAUCUGUGUAGCAACCAUCACUGACGUGGUGGACGACCGCUUCCUGGUUCAUUUUGACAACUGGGACGACACAUACGACUACUGGUGUGAUGCCAGCAGUCCGUACAUUCACCACAUUGGUUGGUGCCAGGAGAGGAACCUGCCAUUAACACCACCUCAAGAUUAUCCAGAUCAGGCUCUGUUCUCCUGGUCUCACUACCUGGAGGAGACUGGCUCCAAGGCGGUGGCAGCUGACGCCUUUAAAGUGCGUGCAGCCCACAGCUUCCAGCCUCAGAUGAAACUGGAGGCAGUGGACAAGAGGAGUCCUGGUCUGAUCAGGGUGGCUACAGUGGAGGAGGUGGAGACUCACCGCAUUAAGAUCCAUUAUGAUGGUUGGAGUCACGUCUAUGACGAGUGGAUGGACUCAGAUCACCCCGACAUCCAUCCAGCAGGCUGGUGUGAGAUGACCAAUCAUCCGCUCAAAGUUCCCCCACGGGACCCCAAAACACACCAGCCACACGGACCGAGGGAGCCUCCUGCUACAGCCCAGUCCACCUACCCCUCCUCUGUUCCCUGUAAACCCAUCAGCCACCCCAGAGCCAACAAGUACAGCUUCCACAACAGGAAGUGUCCGACUCCUGGUUGUGACGGCUCAGGCCACGUGACCGGCCGUUUCACCGCCCAUCACUGCAUAUCCGGCUGCCCGUUGGCUGAGCGUAACCAGGGUAGGCUGAAGGCCGACUUGUCAGACUCGGAGUGCAAGAGGAACCUCUUCUUCGGCCAGAGGACCAAGAAGACCCAUUACCGUGGCAGGAUCGGUCGUCCUCCCAAAUACAGGAAGAACCAGCAGAGAGACUAUCAGAACAUGUCCUCAGAGGGUGUGUAUCCGUCACUGUUCAUGUCAGCUCUGAGCGGUCAGUCAGACAGGACUCUGUCUCUGUGCUGGGAGCAACACUGUAAGCUGCUGCCCGGCGUUCAGGGCAUCCACGCCAGCCAGGUGGCGGCAUGGAACGUGGAAGAAGUCUUCAGGUUUGUCCAGAAUCUAAUCGGCUGUGAAGAACAGGCUCGUCUCUUCAAAGAAGAGAUGAUUGACGGGGAAGCCUUCCUGCUGCUGACUCAGACCGACAUUGUGAAGAUCAUGAGCAUCAAGCUAGGCCCCGCCCUCAAGAUCUCCAACGCCAUCCUCAUGUUCAAGAGCACAGACGAGGGACUCAAGUGAUCCCGCCCUCACUCACCAGGCGCCAGGCCGCCGAUCAUCAUGUGCCAAAUCCAUUCUGUCGCAGGGAAAAAGACCCUGAACCCUUUUUCAUGUGUUUGGUGUCCUGUACCCAUCAGAGAGAGGGAGGGGGGGAGGGGGGGGGAGGUCCGAUCAGGGUUAAAGGGUUAAAAAAGGAGAAGUUGGAGGAAAUACAGAUGCUUUUUGGAGACUAAUGGAGGAAACUGGUGUGAAAGGCUUUUAAACUGGAUAGAAGGUGGUUGGGGUGUGCGAGGGGGAACAUCGGAUGAUUUCCGAGUUUGGUGCUUUUCACAACUGAUGCGUUUGGUUCAGUAUCUGGGUUCAGUCAUCACCAAAACCCCCUAAACAUCAUCGGCCAUGUUUCACAUCAGCUACAGAUCUGCGGUAAACGGUUUCACCAAAACGUUCAUUAUGUACAUUUACAUCCACCUUUUAUGCUGAAGUUGAAUUUGCACUUUAUUUGUGGGAUAUUAAAGUGAAAAUAGUAGAAAUUCAAACAACUGUAAACAGGUUUCUGUGCUCAGCUGAGGUGGGAAACGCUCUGUAUCAAUGCAGAGAAGAUUUCCUAACAGAUGUUUUUAAAUAAACAUCCUGCUGCCCCAAACACACAAACCAGUAUUAAUACAUUUAUGUCCUGAAUGAUUAAAGGCAGCGUUUCUAUUGAUGUGAACUGUAAAACAGGCCAGUUCAAACCAUACUUAGUUCACCUUGCAGAGGAGGACUUGGAUAAAUCUUACACAUGACCACGUUUUGAUGAGAAUCGUACCCAGAUCUGGACUAAACCUGUCAGUUUGAGAAAAUAUGACUCGAAGUUGAAAUCAACAAAAUGGGGAAAAUACUGAAAAUACUGGAUGUUCUAACAGGAACUGAGGAAAAUGUAAAUGUUGAGUAAAAGGGAAGAAAUGGGGAGGACUGUGGGCAGGGUGGAAAAGUGGCCAAAAUAUAUGUAUACUGUAUAUAUAUGAGAGGAGUUUAAUGCAGUAGACGAGGCUGGUCAGUGAAGCUCUAACAAGCUUCAUGUUUUGUGCAAUAAAAAAAAAAAAGACAGAAGUACUGUAUUCAGUAACACUUAAUAUAACAGCUCCUCCUCGUUAUCAGAGUCAUUCUUCACACCGCAGCAGAAUGACGAAGCUGCUUGGAAAAGGUGCCAACCUUUUCUCAGUUUCCUUAUUAUUCUAAAGUAUUAGUCAUUUGUGUUUAAUGCCUCAAAACUCUUCUCACUGUACUUUGUACUCACUGCUGCGAUAACGUGAUGCAGGAGCUGUCAUUUCAAGUGUCGUCCUCUGAUCCAGAAUCUGAGUGAAAGAACAGAAAAACAACACAGCGUUUUGAGUUUUUAUCUCUAUAUGCAAAAGAUGUUCAAUUAUUUUUUUGAAAAGAUGAAAAGGACACUUUGCAUUGGCAAUUUUAGCACAACUGUGAGACCCAAAUGGAUUUUUUCCACUGAUAUUACCACACUUGGUCACUAGAGAGUGUAAAAAAUCCACGUUCUGAAGCACUAUAAACACGGAUUUGGGAUCUAGCCAACAGAGCUUGUUGCAGUUUACAUGUGGUGGAAACUCAGUUCAGAGUGUGUUCUUUGAAAUGUUUACAUUUUAUGUCAGAACUGGUUUAAAAAAAAAAAAAAAUACCGUAUGGAUUUGAUAUUGUGAGAUGAAAGUUAUUUUACUGGAGUGUUUUAAGGGCUUUUGGAAUCUCGAAUAUUACUUCUUUGUGUGUCUCUCUGGUGGGAUUUGUGUGUGUGUGUGCGUGUGUGUGUGUGUGUGUGUGUGUGUGUGAGUGCGCGUGUCAAGAUAAUCAUGGGUCACAAAUGUCAUUCAAUCCAUAUGAAUUAAUAAACGUCCAAAGCUG